GGUCCUCCCCCCUUAUUUGGGGUCUCCCCCCUUUAUUUUGGGGUCCCCCCCUCGUAUUUGGGGUCUUCCUUUAUUUUGGGGUCCCCCCCCAUUUCAGGGUCCCCCUCCCCAUUUUGGGGUCCCCCCUCCCACCUGGGGGUCCCUCCCCCUUAUUUUGGGGUCCCCCCCUCGUAUUUGGGGUCUCCCUUUAUUUUGGGGUCCCCCCCUUAUUUGGGGUCCUCCCCUGAUUUUGGGACCCCCCCUCCCACCUGGGGGGUCCCUCCCCCUUUAUUUUGGGGUCUCCCCCUUGUAUUUGGGGUCUCCCUUUAUUUUGGGGUCUCCCCCCUGAUUUUGGGACCCCCCUCCCACCUGGGGGGUCCCUCCCCCUUAUUUCGGGGUCCCCCCCCCUUAUUUGGGGUCUCCCCCCUUAUUUGGGGUCUCCCCUUAUUUUGGGGUCCCCCCCUCCCACCUGGGGGGUCCCUCCCCCGUAUUUUGGGGUCCCCCCCCUUAUUUGGGGUCUCCCUUUAUUUUGGGGUCUCCCCCCUUUAUUUUGGGCCCCCCCCUCCCACCUGGGGGGGUCCCUCCCCCUUAUUUUGGGGUCUCCCCUUAUUUUGGGGUCCCCCCCUCCCAUUUCAGGGUCCCCUCCCCAUUUUGGGGUCCCUCCCCUUAUUUCGGGGUCCCCCCCUGAUUUUGGGACCCCCCCCUCCCACCUGGGGGGUCCCUCCCCCUUAUUUUGGGGUCCCCCCCCCAUUUCAGGGUCCCCCUCCCCAUUUUGGGGUCUCCCCCCUUAUUUGGGGUCUCUCCCCCUUAUUUUGGGGUCCCCCCCCCUUAUUUGGGGUCUCCCCUUAUUUGGGGUCUCCCCCCUUUAUUUUGGGGUCCCCCCCCCUUAUUUGGGGUCUCCCCUUAUUUUGGGCCCCCCCUCCCACCUGGGGGGUCCCUCCCCCUUAUUUUGGGGUCCCCCCCCAUUUCAGGGUCCCCCUCCCCAUUUUGGGGUCCCCCCCCCUUAUUUGGGGUCCCCCCCCUUAUUUGGGGUCUCCCCCUUAUUUGGGGUCUCCCCCUUAUUUCGGGGUCCCCCCCCCUUAUUUUGG